AUGUAUGCAAUGAUUGCAAGCAGUCAUUUGGCCGCUGGGAGCGCGCUUGACUCAUCAUCUCUUCAACAGUUAAGUACAGUCAAAGAAGAUCUGAAGACCCACUUCAUUACACGUGAAGGCGUUUACAAACAAAUGACACUUUCUGAAUAUUCAAGACCUAAUCGUAUCCCUUUGAAUCAGGGUAGUAACAAUGUGGGUAAUACACCUGUUCGUGUAUCAUUUCUCAGCAUUAAUCCAACGACAUCGGCUUUGUCGCAAGGACAGACCGUAAAUAAUGUAAUACUGAAUGGUAACAUACAGUCAAUGCACAGUUGUAUGUUGGAUAGUGAUCCUGACCAUGAACUAGAGGAAAAGAAUUCUCCUUGUUCAGACUGUGAUUUGGGGAGUAGUAACGAUCGAAUAUGCUUCAAUGUUGGUCGUGAAUUAUAUGUCUUUGUUUAUCGAGGUGUUCAGAGUGCAGCUGAUUUAAACAAACCAGUUGAUAAGCGAGUGUACAAAGGUACUUAUCCUACAUCGCAUGAUUUUAAUCAAGAGACUGCUACUGCAACUUCUUGCAGCCUAAUAAUCGGAUUUUCUGCUGGACAAAUUCAGUUAAUUGAUCCAUUUCGAAAAGAUUCUCAAGUUAGUCGCCUGUACAAUGAAGACAGAUUAAUCGAUAAGACAGCAGUAACUUGUUUAAAAUGGAUUCCCGGACAGCAGCAGUGUUUUUUGGCAUCUCAUACUAGUGGCAAUGCAUAUUUAUAUAAUGAAGACUUAUCGAAUAGUUCUUCACCCCCCGUUUACCAAAUAUUUAAGCAGGGAGAUGGGUUUGUAGUCUAUACAUGUAAAGCAAAAGCGUCGAGGAAUCCAGUUUAUCGGUGGGCUAUUGGAAAUGGUACACUUCACGAAUUUGCAUUCUCAUCAGGUGAUGGUGCAAAAUUGUUUGCUACGGUUAGUCAGGAUGGUUUUCUGCGAAUUUUCAACUAUCAUGCAAUGGAACUGAUAGCAUAUAUGAAAUCUUACUUUGGUGGAUUACUAUGUUUAGCUUGGAGUCCUGAUGCACGGUACAUUGUUACUGGUGGCGAGGAUGAUUUAAUCACAGUUUAUUCGGUUCUGGAGAAACGGGUUGUAUGUAGGGGACAAGGCCAUAGAAGCUGGAUUUCGAAAGUAGCAUUCGAUCCUUAUGCUUCGUGUGCAACGGAAACGGUUGGCCAGUCAAAUAUUCCAGUAGAUCUUGGUUCUGAUGAAGAUUUGCACCCAUCAAGUUUAAAUAGCAAUGGCAUUAAUUUAGGUGUGCAGGCAGCAAAUCGCAUUGUGGUCAAUAAUGUACAGUUUAAUGGGUCAUCAUCUUUUAUUGAGUCUCAUUCACCUUCAGUUCUUGUCCCGCUCACGUCAUUGACAUCGAAGAAGAAUUUUGUUAACAAUUCAAUGUUUUGUAUCCGGGAUGGAAUGCAAAUAACACGAAUACGCAAAGAUUCACAUCCUGUUAUAUCUGGCAGCUGUAGUCCUUGCUCAAGUUUAGGUGUUACCUACAGAAUUGGUUCGGUUGGACAUGAUACUCAGCUAUGUUUGUGGGAUUUAACAGAAAAUGUGCUAAAGCAUACUGUACCUAGUCAGAGGCAUCGUCGAUCAACUAUAAUUUCUAUUGGAACAGACGAGAAUAUGAUAAUGUGUGGUACCACUGAUUCAUCGAAAUAUACAGUUGGUGAUGUAAAAGACCGAUCUCAUGGAAGAGAAAAAAAACACAAACGAGGUUUUAGCUUCGCUGCAAAGUUAACUGGUGGUUCUCAUGACAGGUGGAUGAGAAAUCAUUCUUCUGCAUUGGCAAAUGAGAAGGCAAAGGAGAAAGCUGCAAAAUUAUUAGGGACGCCUAUAUGCCCUCGAAUGGACGAAGUGGCAAUGAUUGAACCGUUGGUUUGUAAGAAAAUCGCUCAUGAGCGAUUAACUGGAUUAGUAUUUCGUGAAGACUGCAUAGUAACUGCUUGUCAGGAAGGCUUCAUAUUAACUUGGGCUCGACCUGGAAAAACAGCGAUCACGGUCUUCGAAUUUUAAUA